AUGCCACCUCACGCGAAAACCCCUACUCCCGAUCUCGUUGACGUCCUUAUCAUUGGCGGAGGGCCUGCUGGGCUAACUUCAGCGGUCGCUGUUGCUCGCAAUGUGCAUACAGCCAUCGUGUUCGACUCGAACUCGUAUCGGAACGAGCGUACCGCGCACUUUCACAUGCUGCCUACUUGGGAUGGCAAGAAUCCCAUAGCGUUCCGCGACGCAGCUAGAGUCAACACGCUUGAAGGUUACGAGACAAUCUUCUACGAGGAUUUGAAGAUCGAGAAGGCUAAGAAGAAUGACGAUGGGUUGUUUGAAGUCACUGACGAGAAUGGUAAGGUUUGGAAGGGUCGAAGCUUGGUUCUCGCAAGUGGUAUUAUCGAUGUGCCUCUAGACAUACCCGGUUUCGACGAGUGUUGGGGACGAAGCAUCUACCACUGCCUAUUUUGCCAUGGUUAUGAGCAGCGUGGAAGCGAAUCUUCUGGUAUUCUAGCCAUCAACGAUGUCGCACCGAUUCCCAUCGCCCUUCACGUCUCCCGCAACGCAUCUCGGUUCACUAAAUACGUCACCAUCUACACGAAUGGCGAUACCUCCAAGACCGAUGACUUUAAGGCAGCAAUUGGCCCAACUGCGCCUUUUACUAUCGACAGUCGCCGGAUUACCAAGUUUGCUCUCGGCCCGAACCAGCUCGGCAUCACAAUCACUUUCGAAGAUGGUACUACUAAGGAUGAAGCGUUCCUCGGCCACAAACCCUUGAGCAAACUGAAGAGCGACUUUUUAGCUAAGCAGUUAGGCCUCGAGAUUACACCACAGGGUGAUUUAAAGGUAAACCCACCGUUUGGUGAGACGAGCUUGUCAGGCUGCUUUGCCGCCGGAGAUAACUCGUCUUUCUUGAAGACGACUCCGAACGCGGUCAACACUGGAGCGAAUAGCGCUGCGGGAGUGGCUAGUCACGUUCAGGCCGCGAUGUACGGACAGAAGAGCCUGAGCGAGGCAAUGCAGGCAAUGCAGAAGAAGCCUGCUUAG